AGUCCGGCAAUUGAAAACAAGACCAAACGGCAGUCGGCAAACUUCGAAGUGAGCUCGAGUCGCGAGUGUAGACAAAAGUGUUAAUAAAUAUAAGUGAAAAUGUCUUUGAUUCCGCACUUUUUCGACGAGAGACCUCUAAGACUCAUGGAAAGGGAAAUAUUUUCGCCAAGCAUGAUCCCAAACUUCCACCAGACACUCGUUCCUCAUAAUUUCUUGCGGAAUUCUCCAUUCCGGCAAUGGGAAGAUAUGUACAGACAGAUGGAGGAGCUCACGUCUGUUAUGAAUCAAAUGGCGAUGGAAGGUACCAAGAUAUCUUCAGAUUCAGAGAAGUUCCAGGUCAAUGUAGACGUCCAACACUUUGCCCCUGAGGAAAUUUCAGUGAAGGUCGUCGACAAACAUGUUACUGUUGAAGGCAAGCACGAAGAGAAGCAGGACGAACAUGGCUACGUUUCCCGGCGGUUCAUCCGUAGAUAUCCUUUACCUGAAGGAUGUUUACCAGACACUGUGCAGUCUAAAUUAUCCACUGAUGGUGUAUUAACAAUCACAGCUCCAAAGGUCUUGGCUAUGCCUUCAACUGGCGAAAGAAUUGUACCAAUCACACCAACGGGACCCAUCAAAAAACAAAUUGGAUCACCUAAUGAUGAACCAUCGAAGGUUGAAGAAAAUUAAUUAUAUUUAAUUUUUAAGGUUUUUUAAUUUAAGACUGAAUUUUUUCGUGAUCUGUAAUUAUAGUGUCUGGUACUUGUUA